AUGAAGCCAACUGUUGAUUAUUCGUUGUAUUUGGUUACAAGCUCAGUUAUAGUCCCUACAGGAUCCACCCUGGAGCAGCAGGUUGAACAGGCUAUUUUGGGCGGUGUUACACUUGUUCAAUUGCGUGAAAAGAACGUCUCUACAAAGCUAUUUAUUGAACGUGCGGAAAAGGUGCUUCAAGUUUGUCGGAAACACAAUGUACCCUUAUUAAUUAACGACCGAGUUGACGUCGCUCUUGCCGUAGGUGCUGAAGGUGUACACAUCGGCCAAAGUGAUAUGGACUGUGCGACGGCUCGCAGAAUACUCGGUUCUGAUGCUGUUAUUGGAGUUACGGCAAAUAAUAUUCAGGAAAUUGACAAGGCCGAAGCCGACGGUGCUGAUUAUGUUGGAUUGGGCUCUGUUUAUGAUACCGCGACGAAGAAUGUCAAGGAUAGAAUCAUUGGCAUUCAUGGUCUUCGGGACCUUUUGGAACAUAUUUCGAAUAUGAAGCGCAGACUCCAAACUGUUGCUAUCGCAGGAUUGAACGCUAGUAAUGUGCAGCGGGUGAUCUACCUCAGUGAGGUGAAUGGGGUGCGCGUUGAUGGAAUUGCUUUGGUCUCAGCCAUUAUGGCAUCCACAGAACCAAAAAAGGCAGCGGAGAAGCUGAUUCAAUUAAUCAAAACGACUCCUAAGUUUGCUCUUCCCGUCUCAAAGCUUCCAAAGUCUGACUCGACAGCUUUUGUUUCGAGUAUUGAGCGCGUGUUCAGUAGAGCGAAAUCGAAAACACCCUUGGUUCAGCAACUUACGAAUAACGUCUCGAAGAACUUUAACGCCAAUGUUACUCUUGCAGUUGGAGGAUCUCCUCUAAUGUGUGAAUUUGAUGACGAGUUCCCUGAACUCGCACGCGCUAAUGGUGCUCUCCUUUGUAACUAUGCAGCUGUAGAUAAACUUGAGAGUUACAUUUUCGCUGCUCAAUGCAACAACGCUGAGAAUAAACCUGUCAUUUUGGAUCCUGUUGGUGCUGGAGCUACAGAGGUCCGCAAACGUGCUCUAACUACGAUGCUUGAUUCCGCAUACUUCGACUAUAUUAAAGGUAAUGAAGGAGAAAUCCUUACUCUCGCCGGAGUUGAAGUUCAAAUGCGUGGAGUUGACAGCACGAGCGAGUUUCCUUUGACUGAAAAGGUACGAGUAACCAAAUUGCUUGCUGAGAAACGUCGCUGCGUGGUAAUCAUGACUGGUGCUGUGGACGUGAUUAGUGACGGGAACAGAACAUUCGUUGUGAAGCGCGGACAUCCAAUGUUGGCAAACAUCACUGCGUCUGGCUGUGCAAUGGGUGCUGUUUUAUGUGUCGCUGCUGCUCUUUGCCCCGAAGAUCGACUGGUAGCAGCUUUGGCUGCUACUCUCUUAUUCAGUAUUGCUGGUGAGAGAGCUGCAAGUGUUUCGGACUGUGGACCAGGUUCUUUCAUUCCUCACUUCGUUGACGAGUUGUAUUCCAUUACUAAUGACUGUACUGCUCGCACAUUCAAGGUUGCAGACAAUGACAACGGCGUGGAAGAAAUCGUUGCUUAG